AUGAAGGUAGCCUGGCGUCAAAUUCUUCAAAAAUGGAAGAAAACGGACGGCCGUUCACUAUCAUGUGUACCAAAAGGUUGCUUCUCAAGGAUGUUAAAGUUGCUCAUGGAUCAAAUUAAUAUAAAUUCGGAAAAUAAUAUUAGGGCAGGAUUUCGUAAGACUGGUCCAUUAAAUCCUAAUGAAGUGUUGGCAAGAUUUCCGGAAGAGGCGCAGAAUGAUGAAGAGGCUAAAGAAGCUAUAGACAAGUCAGUUUUAAAUUUAUUAAAAGAAAUACGAUACGGAAGUAUAAAUAUUAAGGAACCAAAGAAUAAAAAAAAAUCGAUGUUAUUUCAGGUCAUCAUGUCUGGAGGACCAAGUAGAGAUAGAGAUAAAGGGAGGAAAUGGGAAUCCGGAGCAUUAAAAAGAAAAAGAAAGGUUGAAGCUAUUAUAUCCAACCAAGCUCUAAGUUCCAGCAUGUUGAAAUUUCUCAAGAAACCUUCUUCAAGUGUCACUGCUUCAGAGUCAUCUGAUGAAACUUUAGUUUCUGAGCAAGUAUCAGAGUCAAAUGAAUCUUUUUUUGGAAGUUCUGAUACAAUUUUACCUGCAACAUCGAGCGAACUUACUAUGAUCCAAAUGUCGGAACCCAAUAUAGAGUUACAAAGUAAAACGUUGUGUGACUCAGAAAAUCAAGUGGAAGGAGUUCAUCUAAGAGAGUCAUUUAUAUACUUAGAUCCAGGAAAGUGGACGUUUUUCAAAUUUGCAGACCCAUCUGUGUCUGCAAAUUUGAAAAAAGUCUACAUACUACAGAUGGUAAACGAAGGAUGUUGUGACUGGAAAGAUUUGAGUCGGAUAUAUCAAAGACAUGAACAAAGUCAAGGACACAUGGUAUGCAUGAUUAAAUGGAUGGAAUUCUAUAAAGGAAUCAAACACGGAAAAACAAUAGAUAAAGAUAAUGAGAGAUCUAUUAAAGAAUCGCAAAAGUACUGGUAUAAUUUGUUUGAAAGAAUGAUUGAUAUCAAAAACUACCUAGCGUCACACAAUUUGGCAUUUAGAGCUCAUCGAGAAUCCUUUAAAUUGAACGAUAGCAAAAACAGUGGCAAUUUUAUAGAUUUAUUUAAGUUGUUAUCCAAAUAUGAUCUGACACUACGGGAGCACAUGCAACGUAUUAAUGAAAAGCAACUAACUCAACAUUAUCUGAGCCACGACGUCCAAAAUGAAUUAAUUGCAUUAAUGUCUAAAUCAGUUAUUGAAGAAAUCAUACAUAGAGUUAAACAAGCAAAAUACUACGCCAUCUUGCUCGACUGUACCAGGGAUGUCAGCCGCGUUGAACAAAUGUCAAUAAUAUUAAGAUUUUGCAAUUCUUCAACUGGAGUAAUAGAGGAACAUUUUGUUGGGUUUAUAUCCAUAGAAAAAACGGGAGAAUAUUUAACAAAUUCCAUACUACAAGAACUGGAAAGAAAUGGUCUAGAUAUUCAAAACUGUCGAGGACAGGGAUAUAACAACGGCGCCAAUGUGGUCGGUAUUCAUAAAGGCUGA